UAAUUAAUUUCACCGUAUCAAAAAUUUAAUUUAUUUUAUUAUAAAUUUUAUUUAUAUGUUACUUUCUAUUAUUUCCAUAUUAUUUCAUAUAACUUUAAGGUUAAGCUAUCAAAAGACCGAAUAUGCAACAGUUUCUUAAAUACAUUUUUGUCAGUCUUCAUUUCCUCAUUAAGAAAAUAUUACAACCUAUAAUUUGCUAUCACUUAUAGACAUAAAAUGCCUUUCAACAUUAUUUAAUACUAUAAGAACAAUUUCAUAUUUUAUAUGAAGACUGUAAACUAAUCUCUUUUUCUCGCGGUAGCGGUAAAUUUUAAGCCAAACAAAACUAGCGACAGAUGUAUGUUAUCCCCACGAUUACUAAAAUUUGUCAAACCUAUAAGCUAUAAAUAGUUUAAUACAUCCAACAAUAAGAACAAAAGGAUCAUUGAUAUAUAAUUUUCUAAUUGAUCACAAAUACAUAUCUCCUAUACGGAUAAUUCUAAAAUACUCGACAAGGGUUACCAACUAACCGCAGAUACCAGACAAUUGAAUGCAAAUAUGUUUUCUUUGAUAGAUAAUUAAAAUUAAAUUCAAACUUUUAUAUCUUUUUAUUAGUUUUUAACAUAUUAAAUAUUCUAAAAAGAUCAAAUAUAAUGUUUUAUACAAACAAUGAUGAUUAUAAAUCACGCUAUAUUUCGUUGAUAAAACUCGAACACAAUCCGAUCAAUAAAUGGAAGCCGACUUUAUUUUACCAAGCAGAAUUCACUCAGUCAGCAGGCACCCGCAGCGACGCAUUAUGUUUCGGUAAUCAGAAUUUCAACGUAGCACAAUUUCUUACUUUUCGUCUCUAACAAUAAGUUAUACUAUCACAUUGUUUGACUCCUUUGAUACACUAGGGAAAUGGCAUCAAUAGAAGAAAGCUGGAAAGAAGCAAUUGAUGGAUUAAAUAGUGAUGUCUGUGACACAUGGUUCACAAAACUACAAGAAGCUUAUUCAGAAGAAAAACGUACUUAUCAUAAUCUAGAUUCUCUUCAUGAUAAAUUGAAUUGUUAUUAUGAAAUUAAGAAUAACUUGAAGAAUCCACAAGCUGUGCUUCUUGCCUUAUUUUUUCAAAACUUCGAAUAUGAUCCCAAAGCUUUAGAUGGUGAAAACAAGAAUUUGGAGCAUUUUAAUGCAUUUGCAGAUGAAGCUGAAAUUCCUGCUGAUGCACAAUUAAGAGAAGAAGCUUGUGAACUUCUGAAAGUAGCUGCAACACAUAGUACUGAUGCACAUAAAAUUGGUGGUGCCUUUGGUGGUGAAGAUGCUCAUUACUUUUUAGAUUUGGACAUGGCUGUGUUAGGAUCUUGUCCAGAAAGUUAUGCAGAAUAUAGAGAAAAAAUACGUGGAGAAUAUUCUUUUCUUAGUGAGCCAAUGUAUACUGCAUUACGUUUAAAGGUACUGCAGAACUUUGUGCAGAUCCCAAAUAUUUUUGCCACAAAGGAAUUUCGAGAAAAAUAUGAAGAGCAAGCACGACAAAAUAUUCAAGCUGAAGUUGAAUUGUUGUCUUAGGAUAAUUAAUGAAUUUUAUGCAUGGGAAGAUGUAUCUUUAUGAAGUCUUUGUUACCAAAUAUGUUUAUUACUUAAUUAAUUAAAAAGAAAGAAGUAAGGUUCCAAUUGACACAUAAUUCUUUCAAUGUGUCAGUAGACUUUGAUCUCCAUGUAGAGUAAAGUAGCACAAGCCUAUAUUUUGUGUAUUAGUAUUUAAAGCGAUGGAUGUCAACAGACAUCAUACAGAAGUGUAAUAUAUUAUUAAAUAAGAAGUACAUUCAUGUCCCGCAUUUAGUAUCAAAAUUGUAUGAUAGAGUCUGUUUCAUUAAAUAAAAAUAAUUCUCAUAAUAAAACAAAUUAUAAAGCUCCCAUUUCCAAUGCUAAAUCUUAGGCAUGAAUGUAUAUCUUUCUGUGCUAAAAUGAUAUUCUGAUUUUGUUUAAAUGUUUCUAUAUUUAUUUAUUUUUUUUAUGCUUUCAUUUCUAACACAUUUGUUUCAACAAUAAAAUGCUAAAAGUUAUUUAUCAAUGCUUUUUAUACUAACAAUACAUAAAUAAAUUUUUAAACAUUAAAAUAUAUGUUUGUGUCUUGGUGAUUGCUUCUAAUUAAAGUUACACAUGUAUAAUAUCUAUAAGUGAUAUGAAAUUUGUAUGUAUUCAACUAAUGAGCAAAUUUUAAAUAUUGUUAUAUUGAAUUACAUAUGGAUUAAACUCACAGUUGUAAAAGUAACAUAAUGUAAAACGAAGCCAAAGAACUGUCAAUCUGUCGUAUAAUACAAUUUAUUUUAUUUAACUGAUUAAAUUGAUGUAAAACUUUAAAUAUGUUAUUAUAAAAAAUAUAUGAAUAUUUAUGUAUUAUUUAA